AUUUUCAAUGUGAAUGCCGGCGCCGGGCGGUUCGCAUCAUGCUUUGCGCAGCUUUUUCCCGUGUUAUUCGCCGUGUCAACACCCUUUCAAACGAGUAAUUAGUUCGCGUAUAGGUUGCUAAUGCAGUUUCGUCUUGUUUUUUUCUGUUAGUCACAUUUGCAAAGGUGUCGCACGAUACAGCAAAAGCACGAAUAAUGGCGAGAGCAAGCUUUGCACGCUUUGCUGGACGAGCACUUGUUUGUCUCCGGGGAGCGAGGAAUGUCGCAUCAUUGACAGGUGACUCCACAAGGUUGCACAUGUUGUUCUCCUUACAAGGUCCGUACUUGUGGCCUUGUGUUCACACGACGUCCCGCAGCUUGUCGUCGCUGCCAGUGAAAACGAGACUCACAAGGAAGAAGCCUGCUCCUGAAACUCCAGUGAGUUCACUGACGGCCGUGGCAUACAGCACAGCCGAAGAGUACGAUCUGACGUCCAUCUUGAACGCACUGAAAAAGCAAGGCCUGUACAAGGAAAAGGUCAUCUCUGAAGACUUGGACGAUGUUCUCUAUGCUUCUGCCAAGUAUCAAGUGAGCGAAGAGCCGAGAGAGCUUUUCAUCUUUAGGGAAGGAUCAGUUGUCUUUUGGAAUUUCCCAGAAAUAGAGAGGAAAGCUGUGCUGAAGUUUCUGAAACCGCACGAGGAACACUCUUACAGCCCAUCGCUUGUAAAUCAGGAGGUCGAAGCUUUGGAAUUUGUAUACCACGAAAACAAGACGAGAUUUCAUGAUGGCAACAUCUACCUCAGCACAGAUGGGGAGAGUGACCUAGAGAAGUACACGUUUUCGAGCGGGCUUGCUCUUUCCGUAAAACUGGCCAUCUGGGAGGCAUCGUUGGAUAGUUAUGUGAAGAGUAUCGAGGACAUCAUUGAGGACAUGAAGCAAGGCAGAACAAUUAGGAUGACUAGGGAACAGGUUUUUCGGAAGACUGGAGAGCUGUUCUCUCUAAGGCACCUGAUCAACCUGAGCUCUGACCUUCUGGACACUCCAGAUUUCUACUGGGACCGGCCAACUUUGGAAAGCCUGUACCUGAAAGUCAUCAAGUACAUGAACAUUAACAGGCGGACAAAGGUCAUGAAUGAGAAGUUGACACAUUGUUGCGAGCUGAUGGACUUGCUGAGCCACCACCUGGAGGACAAGCACCACGUUCGGCUAGAAGUCAUGAUCAUCGUGCUCAUUAUGGUCGAGGUGCUGUUUGAGUGUGUCCACUACGCUUCCAAAUUCAUGUAGGCACUCUUUAUCUAAUUGUAGCUGUAUGAUCGCAUUUGCCCCCCCCCCCUCCCUUAUUUUUAUCUCUAGUUUUGUCUCGCAGCAAGUGGUUAUAGCAGUAACUUUCACAUGGUGAACCUAUUUUUGGAGCCUAUUCUCCAAUUUUUGUUAUAUUUGCUUGUUUUAUCUUGUCUAUCUUUUGUCUUCUCACGUGUUGGCAGUUAUCUAUCCCUGCAAGCCAUUAAUUGUGCUUAAUAAUGGUUGAAUUUCCGCAGGGAAGCAUUUCUGGCCGCUGUGACAUAGGCAGCGUGCUAUUUUGCUUUAUAUAUAAAAAAAAAAACCAGGGCUACCAGAUUUCGUGCAUUUUUCGCAGUGUGAUGCCUUGUCUAAUUUACAUGUUCUUGCAGUGGAACAGAUUGUAGUAAUGGAACCAGAAAUUGCCCGUUUUUUUUCCACCGUGUCAAUAUUCAAUUUAGCUCCGCCUUUUGAAGCUAUACAAUCUUUGAACCAAUUGCGAGUGAAGUUCGCCUACAAAUUAGGGGUUGCCCGCAUUUGUGGCACUGAGCUCCGCAGAGGUGAGCAAUGCGUUUUCAUCCGAGAUAAGCCGAGAGGUCGGCCGGAUGCGCGAAGCUUGCAGGUUAACAGAUAUGCCCCCUCUAUGAACGUCACCAAGUUUAUGAUGGUCAUGGUGGUAAUGUUUUUCAACUUCAGCAGAUGCCUCUGUUCAGGAUUUUGGCAACGGUGAGCCUUGAAUUUACCAAAGGCAUUUUUAUGUUUACCGUGGUGUACUAUACUAAAGCUGGGAAAAUGUUGGAUUAGCUCGCAAUGUGUAGUUUGUUUACAAGUACGUAGGAAAUGUUAUAUUUUUGGCCAUAUGUCGGCUGUACAGGCAUUUUACCUUUCUGUGACUUCUGUAUAGUAUAUUGUUAAAAUAAGGCGUGUCCUAUAUGUUUGUUGUCAUGCUAGUACUUUGUAUUGCACUUUUUUUACACUAGUACUGAUGGUGCGUGCCCACUUUCUAUGUCUUAUGUGCGAGAGAUACAACUUUUGUACCAUUCUUUUAGGCCUUCUACAAGCACCAAGAGUGGGCAGAGUAAGGACGCUCUUUCUUUCCCUUAUGUAUGUGCAGACGUUUGUAACGAAUGUUCGAAGGGUGCCCACACAGCGUGCGGGGACCCUCAAUAAAGUUUUGUACUAUAGCA